AUGAGGUUGGAGAUGUUUGUGGAGCAUGAGGGUGGGGUAUCUGAAUGGAGCAUAAGGAGGGACAGACAUCCAUCAUAUUGUUCAGACUUGGAAAGAUUUUUACCUAGAAACAUAAGCUUGAAAAGAUCAAAAACAUCAAAACAGCUUGGUUUCAAUAUCAGAGGAGGAAAAGAACACAACUGUGGAAUCUUUGUUUCAAAGGUCAUGCAGAAUAGUGAAGCAGAGAAGUUGGGAUUACAGGAAGGGGACCAGUUUUUGUCUGUCAACGACGACAACUUUGAGUAUAUUGAUCAUGGAGAGGCUGUGAAAAUUGUAAAAAGCAACAUCUCAAUGUGGAUAACAGUGAGAUACUUCCCCUAUGGUUAUAACAGAACAUAUGACAAGAGUGGUCACAAUAACCCUGACAGCCCUCAGCCUGCAAGAUAAUGUGUAGUGAUGAAGCCUUGAAGGGCAAGGUCACCCCCACAAAAGGUCUAGGGCAUCGUUUGAAUCUCCUCAGCAUACCAUUAUCUGUGGAACAGAUUUUUUAUGUUUUGCUUUUUUACAAAUGUACAUUAUACAUGUUAUUAUUGUACUAAAUGGUUAAGGGCUUUUUCCAUAAAUAUCCCAAAAAAUCAAAUAUUGGCAUGUCUGGUCAGAUGCCGAAAUUAGCAGUUAAACAUGAUGUAAUUAUCUGUUCAUGACCCUAUAUUUGUA